UGAUGUACCGCUGAUUUUGUUUCUAUGUUUAAAAGAGAAUCAGGCCCAAAGGAUUUGGGUGUAUUCACGCAUGAGAGCAUCGGCAGGGGCGUAUUCAAGUAACACUUUAAACAAAAGAGGAAAAGUGCACAAAUUACUCGUGUUGCUCUGUGCCGCGCAACGCAUCGACAAACAUGGGCUGGGGAUGCGUUUUUGUGCUGUUGGCACUGUUUACUCUCAGUGAUGCAGCAAGUUCAACUGUCAAUCAAGACCUUACUAAUAUUUUCGAAGAGCUUUGGAAGCUGGAUGUAAAUCGUCUAAAAGCAGGAACUGACUACAAAAUCUCACUACAGGGCAAAGCUGGUUACGUAGCCCCAGGAAGUACAAGUGCAGUAGAUCAUGCUUCAUCCCCACUGUUUUCUCAAGUGGAUGAGACUAAACUGAGCUCCAUCACAACCUAUGCACACUUCAUGAAGCUAUUAGAUAACUAUGAGAGGUCCACUGGUGUGGCAGAGAGGGUGACUGCUGAUGAGGUGACAGAAAAUAAUGCCUUUCUGGAUGCUAUCUUAGACACAUCAGUCAUGAAGCGUGCCCACCGGUACCUGGUUGAUAAGGGGAAAUCUCGCUCAAAUCUGAGGCAGUUUAAGAAUCAGUUACACAACAUGUGGUUUCGUCUCUACCAUAGAGACAGAAAUGGAGGGGAGGACUCCAGUGGAUUUGAACAUGUGUUUGUUGGGGAAACCAAGUUUGGCAGAGAAAUCAUGGGUCUCCACAACUGGGUCCAGUUGUACCUGCAGGAGAAGGAAAAGCUUCUUGAUUAUAAGGGCUACAAAGCCAAGAACAAAGACCUGCCUGAUGAGGAUGAUCAUGUAUUGAAUGUGCAGUUCAGCUGGCAUGGUUUGGUCAAGCCAGUGGCCAGUGCCUUUAUUGGCGUGAGCCCUGAGUUUGAGAUGGCCAUCUUUACCAUCCUGUUCCUCACGUCCACCGAGAAGACCACCACAGCUGUGGUUAAUCUGGAUCAAUAUCAGCUGGAGAUGGUGGUGCAUAGACACGGCCGCUCUAUUGGGACCGCCUAUCCCAAACUGCUCAGUAGCAACAACAGACACCUGUAGACACUGAACCUUUGUACCACUACAGUAGUAAGCUUUCAGUAGCAGUUUUGCUGUGUUUCUGACAUUGUUUUUUAAUAGUUUUAAAUGCAUGCCGUAGUCGUAUGUUAGUAGAUGCACUAGGAGGUUGUUUUUAAUCUGAGAUACGUAUAUUUGCUUUAUGCUUGUUUGCUGAUAUGUUAACAAGCUAUACUUGUUUAACAGAACUGCUUAUAGAGUGAUCAUAAAAUGUCUAUUUUGCACUAAGAUCAAGGCAAAUCUGUAAUUUUUCCCAAGAAUUGCAUUUUAUGUAUUGUAAUUUUUAUAUUUUUUAAACUUUUUACAUAUGUCAAGAGGGUAAUCUGGCUACAGAAACUAUUAAAAGGCAAUACAUA